AUGGAUGUUAAUGGGACUUCUGCGACUAUAUGGUGGCAGCUACUUUGUGGUGGGCGUGAUGGUGGUGAGGGCUUGGGGCACCUUCUUUGUGGUGGGUGUGGUGAGCAUGGUGGGCAUGCUCGGGGUGGUGGGGGUGGCUUGGAGCAGCUACAUGAUGGUGGCCAUGGUGAGCAUGGUGGGCAUGCUCGGGGUGGUGGGGGUGGCUUGGAGCAGCUACAUGAUGGUGGCCGUGGUGAGCAUGGUGGGCAUGCUCGGGGUGGUGGGGGUGGCUUGGAGCAGCUACAUGAUGGUGGCCGUGGUGGUGGUGGUGACUGCCAUAAUGAGUUGGCAGGUGGUGGUGAGGGCUCGGAGCAGCCACAUGAUGGUGGCCAUGGUGGUGAUGAUGGUGGUGGUGGUGAGGGCUUGAUGCACCGUGACUGUCAUGAUGAGUUGGCGCAUGAUGGUGAUGGUGGUGGCGGCGGUGGUGAUGAUGAUGUGGGCCUGGAGAGGCUGCUUUGUGGUGGCUGUCGUGAUGAGUUGGUGCAGGAUCUAGGCUUUCAUGAGAUUCAGUAG